AUGGCCGAGAAAGUAGGUCUUGUUGCCAGUAUUGCUGACCUUAUCCAGAUUGUGGGACAAAUUACCAAACUCAGCUACAGCUAUGUGUCGGACAUCAAAUCAGCCCCCAAAACACAAAAUUUGUAUCUCCAAGAAGUUUCAGCGCUCACAGAUGUGCUUUUUCGAGUUAAAAAGGCUACACAAGAGGCGGAAUCUACGGGUUUGGAACUUCCCUUAUGGCCAUCUUCGCUCAAUGAAGAAGCCCUGCAAGAGUUUCGCAGCCAUAUGUUGGUCCUCCACCUCGAUCUCGACAAGCGACUACGCCGCCUCGUGCCCGUUGCCACGGCCACGUACAAAAGGGUUACAGACAUCGACCAAGAGCAUAUUAGGCAGCAUCUUUACUCGCUGUUCCCGACGUCAGAUAACCUUUUACGCUCCAGACCAAAUGCCUAUCCUGGAACUGGGAGAUGGUUUCUGAGCUCACAAAACGUGGAAAGCUGGCGUACUGGAGCCCCAUCACUGCUCUGGUGUUACGGAGCCCCUGGUGUCGGCAAAUCGACACUCUCAUCAAUCACUAUUGGGCACCUAUGGGAUCAGAGAUCAGAGACUACAUCCUCCGUGGUGUAUGUAUUUUGUCAGUUCUCAUCUCGGGAGCAGCAAACCCUCACGGCAAUCUUGCAAUGUAUGAUCCGACAAGUAAUCGAGCAAGCAGAUGAAAAAGUGCUUUUGGCAAUGAAACAUAUCUUCAUGGACCCGAUGAAGCAGUGUGAGCCUGCAUGGCUGGCUGAAUCAUUUGCAACCGCAUGCGAGCUGAAGUCGACAUACCUUCUAGUCGACGGCCCAGACGAGGUGACUGGAGCAGAUGGUUUGCUCCCCUAUCUGCCUUCGUUUGUCAGAAGUGGGUGCAAAGUAAUGAUAACGAGCCGAGAUCUUGGUCAUAUUAGGAAGGCUAUGGAUUCUGCAACCAAGAUGGAGAUAUGUUCGCAUUUGGAAGAUUUAGAGAUCUACAUCGACUCUCGCUUUAGAGAGAACGAGCUUCCUCGAGGGGCACAGAAGUUAAUUGGAAGAAUCACGGAAAAGUCGGGGAAUAUGUUUUUACAUACCAAGCUUAUUAUGGAUGAGAUAUUGAAUCUCACCACUGUUCCUCAUAUGGAAAAGGCCCUUGAAAAACAGGCGACAGUGUUGAAUCAAGUAUACCAAUUAACACUGGAGCGAAUCAAUAUGCAGCCAAUUGCAAGGAGAGAACUUGCUCGACGAUUUAUCGGAUGGGUUGUCUUUGCGAAGAGACGUCUAAAUAUUGAUGAAGUAAUUCAUGCCUUCGCUGUUAAAAGCGAUGAGGAUUAUGUUGAAGAAGAUAAGUUCAUUAGCCCUGAUCUUCUUCUUCGAUCGUGUCUUGGUCUAGUGGUGUUACAUGAGGACAAGACUGUUGCAAUGGUCCAUGCGACUGCUUACGACUUCUUCGGAUCCACGGCAUUGUUACCAUGUGAUAUGGAGACCGACAUGGCAAACACAUGUCUACGAUACAUGUGUCUCAGUCCGUUCAAGGAUGGUCCAUGCACUAGUCGCGUGGAGAUGUCUCUCCGCUUCCAUAAAAUGCCGUUUCUGGAUUAUGCCUCGCGGAAUUGGGCAAGACAUCUGAACGAAAUAGAAAGCGUGGGGAAAGAUCUGAAGUCACUUGUUUGGUUUGUCAUUUGCAACAAGAAGCUCCUGAAUGCUGCCGUUCAAGCAUUACACUUCCGCAAUGAGCUCGAGACUAAUCUCCUGGACUCUAUUUUUGAUUCAAUCCUUCCGGAUCAAACGGCAAUGCAUGUUGCGGCUUAUUGGAAUCUUACGGGAACCCUCAGGGCGUUGAUCGAGUCAGGAAUCAGUGCAUCUCUAACAGAUACCCAUGGCUGGACACCUCUUCACUACGCCUGUGCAAACGGCCAUUUUUCCUCUGCCGAAAUUCUCGUUAGAAGUGGAGUGAAUUUCGAUGCUGCAGACAAUCAGGGGUGGACCCCUCUUUUCUGGGCGUCAUUCACUGGAAGUUUGGACAUUGUUCGUCUUCUAUUAUCCGAGCGUGCAAAGUAUACGCAUCGCAACAAAUACGGAUGGACAGCAUUGCACUGGGCUAUAUCCCGCGGCGAAACCCAGGUGGUUUUAGAGCUUGUGCAGCAUCACCAAGCACACUUGUCGCGUGUUACCAAGGCUGAUAUUCGGACCCUCAGCGUCGAGGACGUCAGACGAUUGAACACACCAGAGCACACUUCGCCAAUACAAAUAGCAGCUGAGGGCAAGAAUGCUACAAUAUUCGACCUGCUUGUUGCCCACUUUGAUACACUAGAUUCUACUAGAGGGGAAGAUUUCCAGAAGAUCUGGUCCAGAGAGAGCUUCAAAGUUCCUCUUGCUGAGAGCACGUGGCACAACACACUGGAGUCACUCUUGAACGGACAUCCAAUUCGCCCAGGCGAAUUGAUCGCCGGAGAGACAUACGUGAACGAGGACCCGAGAAGUUACCUCCAUGGAUUAAUGAAGGAAGAUCCAUCAAAAUGGAAGUCAAUUCUACUUGUCUCUGCUAUCCAAGAUGCUGAUUUCCAGGCAGCUGAAUUGUUUCUUGAACUCGGCGCAGAUGUGAAUUACGUUUCUGGAUACAAAUCGCCGUUGAACUUUGCCGCACAACAGAGAGACCCACGUUUUGCACAGGCUCUGCUGGAAAAGGGUGCCGAAGGACGAAAUAGUGGAACAUGCGAGCCUCCUUUGCAGACUGCUAUCAACCUCGGGUACUUGGAAACUGCGAAAGUCAUCCUCGACCAUGACGGUGCUCAUGUGAAUGAUCGGUGGCAUACUAAAACACCUUUGGAUGCAGCCGCGGGUCAACAAGAUCCACAAUUUGUACUACUUUUGUUAUCUAAAGGGGCACAAUUUGAGUUGCAUGAGUGUGGAUGGAAUGCCCUAUACAUCGCAGUGUCGAACGGAUUUGUUGCGACAGCACAGGCUCUGAUUGAAGGUGGUUUAGAUGUCAAUUCCAACAAAGAUGAAUGGCGAAGCUAUCUAACGGUGGCUGUUUGUCUUGCCGGUGCGGACAAUGAGGAUUCAGAGAAGAGGGCUUUGGGUGCUGAAAUGGUUCGCAUGCUGCUUUUGAAAGGAGUUGAUGCCGGGUUCCAAGAUAAAGAAGGCAAAACUGCUUUGCACGAUGCAGCAAGGCAUCGGAGUGUGAAAUGCAUCGAGCUUUUUAUGGGGCCUGGGUCUAACAUUGAGACUGUUGACGAGAGCCAGCGGAGUCCAAUCCAUACCAUGAUGGAAUCCGUGAAGCCGAGCUGGGAUGUGGAAGAGGUGGAAGAAGUUCUCCGCCUGUUGUUCCGUGGAUUGUCAGAAGAAGAAAUCAUCUCAUUACUGGCCCGGCAAACUUGUCAAUCCAUUGUUUCCAAGUCUUCAGAUGACGGAGACAUUCAAUUAGACACGCCAUUGACUAAUGCAUUGAGGCGGAGAGCUUGGAGUAUAGCUCGGCUCUUGAUGAACUUUGGAGCGCAGCCCCCCACCAGCCCUAGUGCUCGGGCUAUUGUGACAGAUGCGGCCAGAGACCUUCAAAUUGAGAUCGUCGAACGCCUUAUUGGGAGUGGGGUGUCACCAGGUGAUGAUGCUGCUUUGGAAUUGGUAAAGAGCAUUGAUGACCGACUUUUCGCUGGACCCUCCUCCCUGCUUUCUUCGUCCAGAAAGAUGCUAUCUCGCGCUGGAUUUAGCAGUUUAUUUGCACAGGCAAGGGCAAAGAAUGGCCUUCAAAAACCAACACUUCCACACGAGGACAUGGUGCAGGCCUUCGAGCCAAUUCUGACUAGUUUGGUGUCGGCGGGUGCAGACGUGAACUUUUGUGACUCAGAAACAAACACAACUCCUCUUCUUCUCGCAGCCGAGAAGAUUCCAAUGGCUCAGAUUACAUCUGCUCUAUUAAAGCUUGGUGCUGAUUGCUUCCAGUCUUUUGAAAAUAAAUUUGAUCCCAUUUUGACGGCUGCAGCAGUCAACAACACAGAGUCACUGCAUUGCCUGAUAUCGCAUGCCUCAAAAUCCCCAAAGCCGGGGCAUUGGACCCAAUAUUUGGAAUAUAAGGGCCAGCAAAGCAAUAAAGAGAUUUUCGACUGCAUAUGCCUGGCGUUGAAACGUGCUGAGAAGCUUAACCACAAGAACUCAAUCAAUGAAACAUUAUUGCACUUCGCCGCAAACACAGGGAACGUCGAUUUGGUCAUUAGUUUAAUCUCCCAUGGUGCUUAUGCAGAUGUACCAGAUGAAAAUGGCUAUUUUCCCAUCCAUUGUGCCGCAUUUUCACUACAUCGCUCGGCUGAAGAUGAUACACCUUAUCAUGAUAUUGUACGGCUCCUUCUUCCGGUGAAUAUGGCGGAACAUACUUCCGAUCAUCAUGCCUAUCGCUCUGUUGAGGCUAGAGCCUUCCUCCUUGAUGCAGAAAUUUGUCAACAGAUAGCAAACAAAACGAACGAAAGAGGAAACACCAUGAUUUGGAACGCUUUGAAGAAUUACAACGAGACCAUGUUUCUGUACCUUCUCAAGCUCGAGAGUGAUUUCAACUCUUGCGCCGCACUUUCUGGAAAGCACCCGUCACUUCUUUAUCAUGUAUCCGCUCGGGGGAUGACAAAGGCAGUCUCUUUCUUGCUGGAAUGCAACGUUGAUAUUGAAAAAGCUGACAGUCGUGGAUGGCGUCCACUGCACGGCGCCACACGCGGCGAUGAAGUCGCAACAGUCGAGAAACUGAUUGCUGCCGGGGCUAGCAUCUGCGCUUCCACCACACAGUUCGACGAGGAUAACUUACCAGAUUUUGACUCCGACAAGGAAUCAUGGAAUGCUCACCCCCUCCAUUUGGCCGUAAUUGGGGGUAAUAUCAACAUGGUUGAGCUUCUUUUGAAGCAUGGUGCAGACGUGAAUGCGAAUACAGGAUGCUUCAAAAGGUCUGACGGAAGAAUAUGUGGACCGACUGCUCUUCACAUAGCAUUAGAUCCACAGGCAUGGUAUGGAGACGAUGAGGAUGAUAUUGAAGACCGCCACGAUUAUCAUGAAGACUAUUUGAAGGUGGCUAGAGUACUGCUUGAAAAUGGAGCUUCUAUCGAAGGUAUCGUGGAUCAACUGCGGGUGAAGGAUAUUCCAAGCUUUGAGGGGUUUGAGGAUGUUUGGGACAGGAUUCGAGGGGCUUGA